CUUAAACCCACUUUCUCCUGUUUCUAAAAAAGUCAUCUCUUUUCCUUUUUCUUCUUCUUCAUACCCAUCUCUCUCUUCUCUGCGCAUCCCUCUCUUUCUCUCUCUUAACCCUAAAAAAAAACACUGGUCACGCGCCACCACAUUCCCAACUUGUAGUGACCAUUUACACCUUCUCCAUCUAUGGCGUCAGACGCCGUUAAGUAUAUGCCAAUCCAAGGAGGCGGCGGAGGAACAACAACAACAACAACAGCCGCCGUCGCCGACAUCAAAAGCUUCUUCUCCGCCUUGAAACCCAAAAAAACCUCAACUUUUGCCUACGCUUUCGUCAUAACCUUCGUCUCAUUCACUCUCUUCUUUGCCUUUAGUCCUUCUCCUUGGUUCUCUAACAUCUUCUCUUUCUCCACACCCACUACAACAUCAGACAACACUUCCGGAUCUCAGUUCUCUUCUAUUUUCUCCUAUAUUAUCCCCAAUGUCACUUCAACCAAACCCACCAAUAGAUCCAGCGACGCCACAGAUCCUAUCUCUGUUAACACCACUUCUCCUCCUCUCAAUUCGAAUUCCAAAAACAAUACUUUACAAGCACCGGCGCCGGAAAAUCGAACUCCGGUUGCUAAAAACGCAACCUUUGAGUCUCCGAUCGUAAACGGAACCAACCCGGUUGUAAAAAACAACACUUUACCACAUCCUCUGUUUUCAGACAAAUCGUCGGCGAAUGGAUCAAGUAAUCAGUCACAGACCACCACCACCACGACCACCGAUACUGAUCAAAUUCCAAAAGCCGUGAAGAGUAACCAGACGACAGCUCCGGCGCCGUCGAAAGCACCCGUGUCGGUGGAUCUGAAGUCCAAUUCCAAUACCAGUUCAUCAACUGCUUCUUCUACACCGGAAAAGCAGAGUAAAAGCGAAGACUCUGUUUCGUCGGUGAAGCAAGAGAUCGAGAAGUGGAGUGAUUCUCUAAAAGAUUGUGAGUUCUUCGACGGUGAAUGGAUCAUGGAUGAUUCGUAUCCGCUUUACAAACCCGGUUCGUGUAAGCUUAUCGAUGAACAGUUCAAUUGUAUUUCAAACGGAAGACCCGACAAAGAUUUUCAGAAACUCAAGUGGAAACCUAAGAGAUGUAGUUUACCAAGGUUGAAUGGAGCUAUUUUGUUGGAGAUGCUUAGAGGAAGAAGACUUGUAUUUGUUGGGGAUUCUUUAAAUAGAAACAUGUGGGAAUCUCUGGUUUGUAUUCUUAAAGGAUCAGUGAAAGAUGAGACCAAAGUUUAUGAGGCUAGAGGAAGACACCAUUUCCGUGGGGAGGCUGAGUACUCUUUCGUCUUCCAAGAUUACAACUGCACGGUGGAGUUCUUUGUUUCACCCUUCUUGGUUCAAGAAUGGGAAAUUGUAGACAAGAAGGGAACAAAGAAGGAGACUUUACGGCUGGAUUUGGUUGGGAAGUCAUCUGAACAGUACAAAGGAGCCGAUAUUAUUGUAUUCAAUACCGGACAUUGGUGGACUCACGAGAAAACAUCCAAAGGGGAGGAUUAUUAUCAAGAAGGAAGCAAUGUGUAUCACGAACUCGCUGUUCUUGAAGCUUUCCGUAAAGCUUUGACUACAUGGGGUCGAUGGGUUGAGAAGAAUGUGAAUCCAACAAAGUCCCUUGUCUUCUUUAGGGGCUAUUCCGCUUCUCAUUUCAGUGGUGGGCAAUGGAACUCAGGAGGAGCAUGCGAUAGUGAAACAAAACCGAUCAAGAAUGACACAUACUUAACCCCAUACCCGUCUAAAAUGAAGGUGCUAGAGAAAGUGCUAAGAGGUAUGAAGACUCCAGUCACGUAUUUAAACAUCACGAGGUUAACAGACUACAGGAAGGAUGGUCACCCGUCUGUAUACCGGAAACACACCUUAACGGAAAAGGAGAAAAAGACACCAUUGCUGUACCAAGACUGCAGCCACUGGUGCCUACCUGGAGUUCCCGACUCUUGGAACGAGAUCCUAUACGCUGAGCUGCUCGUUAAACUCAGUCAGCUCGGGCAAACACAACGGAAACCUUAAGGUUUUCUCUACUCCUAAAUACUUGUUUGAUCUCAACACUUUGCUUUCUAUUUGAUGGUAAUUUGUUGAUUAUAGAAUUGUGUAGAGUAAAAAAAAAGAAAGAUGAAAAAAUGUUUGAUCACCAAGGUAUCUUUGCUACUAUUGGUUGUAAAUGCUUUUGUCACGACGAAUACUAUAUUUAGCUCCAAGAAUGAGAGGUUACAUGUAAACAUUUCUUACGAUUCCAAUUAUUUAUUACAGUAAUGUUAUUAUCGUUA